AUGGAGCAGAUGCAGAUGCGCAUUGCGUGUUACCAGGCGGUAUCGGUUCCUAGUCGUCCCGUGAGUUCUAAGGAAGCCUACAUACCUAUAAUCACGAGGACCAGUUCAAGCUCCUGGGCGUGGCCGACAGGCUGUCAGUGUGGAGAGGCCCGACUGGCGAGGUACAAUGUCCCGACGGUAAGCCUCUCCGUUGGCUCGGUUGAUAUAUAUGGAUGGCUUUCGCAACAUGUGCUGGAAAAGCCCAAGCCAAAGGUCAUUCCCUUGGGUCCAGCUUGCAAUGUCGGCCGCCAGGCUGUCAGCAAGUACAAUUCAGUUUAUGAUAUGCAAAUACACCGAAAGAGAGAGGAGUUUUUCUCACACCUGCGAACAACUGGUGGUCAUCCUUCGGCGCAAGCGACGCGGAAGCGCUGCAAUAGCACAGUCAUGGGCGACCAAUCCAGGGUCAAGUUGAUUGGAAUGGCAGCGUGA